AUGACGAUCGGAAUCUGUAGCGACUACCAUUCAUGUUCGAAUCUUGGUUGUAAUUUUAUCGCCACGUUCUCCACCUGCAGCUGCGACAACUUAUGCGAGCAUUUUGAAGAUUGUUGUUGGGACUACGAAUCUCUGUGCAAAAACAGGGACACUAGAGGGUUCAGCUUUGGAUUUGGAGUUGGUUUGGCAAUGUCUGGCUUUGUUGGUGAUGAUAACAUGGAAGCCAUAGAAGUGCCUGAUUCGGUUCGCCCCAACAUGCUUUCAUGCUUUAAGGCAAAUACUGCGAGUUAUUGGUUUGUCACACGUUGCCCAUCAAAGUGGAAUAGUUCAGACACACAGGCAAGGUGUGAAGACACUGCUUCUUUCACCGAUGACCUACUGACAAUUGUGCCAGUGUCUCUUGAACACAGGGCGACUUUCAGAAAUGUCUAUUGUGCCAUCUGCCAUGGUUUUCAACCUGCCAACCUCACAACAUGGCCUCUUCUUUUCAACUGCAGUGAUGGCUCUGUUCCACCUACAGAUACUGAUGAAAUGCUGGAUAGAAUCAAGAGAGGGGUGUGCAAUUAUACAUUCGAUAAUGAAUCUUCGUUCAAGAGAACCCCUGCAUAUCGAGAAUGCUUCAACGAAGUCCGAAGUUGUCCAGAAGAGUUUGCAGAUGAUGCGAUUGCUGAUGCUUGUGUGGGUUUAGGGUUGCGGGCACCUUUGACACUUUCCCAGACAAUGCCAUAUUUUUUCAAUGAAUACUGUCUCAAGUGUAAUCUUCCAGAUCGUCACUAUUCAAAGUUCACUUCUUGUUUCCAUUAUCAUCGCGGGUUGGGGACGACACCUAUAGGGUUCCCAAUCACAUUCUUGGUAGAUUUUAAAGGUAAUGACGGUAUCCGUUUCAAAGUUGAUGAGAGUUUUGUCCAGCAGGAAACCGUGGAAUGCGAAGAAGGAGCUGUCUUUGACAUCCUGUCGGGGAUAUGUCGUUCUCUUUCGUGCAGAAACGGCUUGUCUCUUCUUAACGGUGAGUGUACCUGGGCUGUCGAGUGUAAUGGAAAUCGUGUUGUAAUUGAAUUUGGUGGCUUGAACAAUCCAAUCAGAGAAUGUGAAUUAUUUCAAGAAAAUCAACGUUUGAUGAAGUGCCUCACAGAAUUCCUUGGGAUAUCCUUGGAUGACGUUUCUUUAGUCCGUGUUUACCCCGAUGUGGAUCAGUGUAUCGCACAGGAUGUGAAUCCAAAAAUGACGGUUGAGGUGCAAGUCGACAUGUCAUAUUCCACCUUGGUUAAAAUAAUUAAUACUUCCUCAAGAGGUGAUUUAUGUGGAGCGUCGAUAUUGCAGUUCCAGCUGUAUUGUAGUGAUGAAGAUAUGCCUUGUCAACAUGGAUGGAUGGAUGCGAAAUACGGCCAAGAUGUCUCCGAGGUCACUUUGAAUAAAAAAACUCAUCUAACAUUCAGAGGACAUCAUGCAGCACAGAAAUAUAAAUCUGUUGAAGUGAGAAGAAUGGCGCAGUUGCAACGUUGGCAUGUCAAUGCGACGGUUUCUAUAAGACAAGUAGUCCAGUUUUGUGUGGACCGCAUGGAAAAUGCUACCCAUCCAGUAUCAGUGACUCUUUCUUGUCCAAUUAUCACAAUGAAUGCUUCGGAAUUUCGUCAGCUUCAAACUGAGAAUCAAACAAUCCUGGUCCAUUUGGUGUCUGGCAUGCAAUUCAAUGAAACUGAAUUUGGGAUAAGUGAAACUGGAAAAAUUCAAGUGUGUUCAUUUUCAUCAGAGAAUAGCGGUGUUAUAAAUAUCACCUCUUCCGUGGAGUUUCUACAGUACUCGGACUCUCAGAGCAUUCUAAGUACUGUUUGCGUGACUGUCUCCCUCAUUUCUUUGAUAGUGACCCUCUCCACUCACAUCAUGUUUCCAUCUCUUCGGAAAUUGACCAAUAACAAACUCAUGAUGUUCCUUUGUGUGUUCCUGUUCCUUGCUCAACUUCUGACAGUUGUUGGUUCAUAUGCGUACCCCUUUCCCAUCCUCUGUAAGGUUGUCUCUGCAACUACCCAUUUUUGCUGGUUAGCUGUAUUCGCCACUACCAAUUGCCUUGCCUUCGAUUUACACCACACGUUUGGUUACAACAGGAGCUUCAACUUUGCGCAGACGAGUCUAAAGUCACUCAUUAGGUACCUAGUCUACAUCCCGGGUGUGUCGCUUUGUGUGGUCAUCCCUUGUAUCUGCAUUGACGCUAUCACCCAUUCGGAAGUGCUGGAUUAUUCAAAUGGUGGUCUUUGUUGGGUUGGUGAUGAUUUCAUGAGGUUCAUGGCAUUCGGUAUCCCAAUGGCAAUACUUUUGGCAAUUAAUGUGAUCCUCUUCUUUCACACCGCCCUUGGUAUCUGGAAGGGACAUCAGAAUGCUAAGAAGGUCGGGAGGAAAAACAUGCGACCAAGCUUCCAGGAGAGAUUUAACCUACUGAAGAUUUAUAUCAAGGUAUCAACUUUGAUGGGGUUUACAUGGAUUACUGCAUUCAUUAUUCCUUUCUCUGGAAUUAACGCUCUUUGGUAUCUCUUCAUUGUGUUCAACGGACUCCAAGGUGUGUACAUCUUCCUUGCAUUCACGGCCAAUAAGCGGGUUUGGAGUCUGUGUAAAGUCCUCGUGUGCGGUGACGUCAACAAGACACCUUCAACAACCUCCAAAUCAUCACAAGUCAAAGAGAGCACUCUGGUAACUGGUUCUGAUGGUAGGUCCUUCACGAGGAGCAAAGAUGUAGAUGACCCCAGAGUGGAUAUGACGAUUGACUAACAACUGAUGAUGAGAAAGAGGCAUGGACCGUCAAAUGGAUGAGAAGACUGCUGUUGACAAAGAUCAAGAACUUUCGAUUAUUUUUUUUUUACUUCUUAUUUCACGUUUUUUAUUUUUAUUGUAUUUCUUAAUUUUAAUUUUUGCUUCAUUUUAUUUUUGAAUUCAAUAUCAGUGGGUA